AUGUGCAGUCAGCGCGCUGCUGCUGGGAGGAGGCAUUACCGACAUUUCGUCUUUGACAGCCGACCGGAGACACCUCUCCGUCGGGAAACAUUUCCAUUCGCCCCAAAACGUUGUUUUCUGUCUAAGCCAGAGCAAAGAGAAGAAGAAAUCUGCUCGCAAGUCGUCGGCUUCGGUUUGCUCCGCAGGAGUAGCCAGAUCUGAGGGGAAGCAGAGCAGACCCAACCCUCCCUGAUUGAAGAGAAAAUCACGACCACAGCUCCAGCCACACAGAUCAUUGUUUCCAUCAUGCAGACCUCUGUCCUUCUCCUUCUCUCCCCAGUCCUCCUCUUGUCUUUUCUCAUCCCUGACUGCUCUUCCCAGAGUGAGGCAGACCUUAUUGUUCAGACACGUGCAGGCCGGGUUCGUGGUGUGCGCCUGCCUGUGCCAGAACGGAGCUAUGUCACUGCUUUUCUGGGAAUCCCCUUCGCUGAGCCGCCAGUAGGGAAGCGGCGUUUCCGUCAUCCUGAGCCCAAAGGUCAAUGGAAUGGGGUGUUUCCGGCCGUCACCUACCCCAAUGCCUGCUACCAGUUUGUUGACACGACAUACCCUGGCUUCCCUGGCAUAGAGAUGUGGAAUCCCAACAGAGAUAUGAACGAGGAUUGCCUGUACCUCAAUGUCUGGGUGCCCCCCUCACCCAGACCUCACAAUCUAACUGUCAUGGUGUGGAUAUACGGUGGAGGGUUCUACAGUGGUUCUUCUUCACUGGACGUGUAUGAUGGCCGUUACCUAGCUCACAGUGAGACAGUCAUUGUGGUUUCCAUGAACUACCGGAUUGGUGCCUUUGGUUUCCUUGCUCUUCAUGGCUCAUCUGAGGCUCCUGGCAAUAUGGGUUUACUUGACCAGAGGAUGGCGCUGCAGUGGGUACAAGACAAUAUCCAUUUCUUUGGUGGAAACCCCAAACAGGUGACUAUCUUUGGAGAGAGUGCUGGUGGUGCUUCAGUAGGAUUCCACCUCUUGUCUCCCGACAGUCGGCCUACCUUCACCAGGGCCAUUCUUCAGAGCGGGGUCCCCAACUCCCCCUGGGCUUCAGUCAGCCCUACUGAGGCCCGAAGACGAGCCACGCUGCUGGGCAAACUGGUGGGCUGCAAUGGGGGGAAUGACACAGAGCUGAUCGACUGUCUGCGCAGUAAAACUGCACAGGAGCUUAUCGACCAGGAGUGGCAGGUCCUGCCAUGGUCGGCCCUCUUCCGAUUUUCAUUUGUCCCCGUUGUGGAUGGGGAGGUUCUGCCCGACACCCCUGAGGCCAUGAUCAACUCAGGCAACUUUAAAGACACUCAGAUCCUCCUUGGGGUCAACCAGGACGAGGGCUCCUACUUCCUGCUGUAUGGCGCACCAGGCUUCAGCAAGGACAACGACAGCCUUAUCUCCAGAGAGGACUUCCUGGAAGGUGUAAAGCUGGGUGUACCACAUGCCAAUGAUAUUGGCCAAGAGGCAGUGGUGCUGCAGUACACUGAUUGGAUGGAUGAGAAUAACGGGGCGAAGAACAGGGAUGCCAUGGACGAUAUCGUGGGCGACCACAACGUCAUCUGCCCUCUGGUCCACUUUGCCCGCUCCUACGCCCAGCACAAUGCCCUCAAAGCUAACAUGGGAGGAGCCGGCUCCGGGGUGAUGAACAGCGGAGGAAACUCACAAGGGGUGUACCUUUACCUGUUUGACCACCGAGCAUCUAACCUGGUGUGGCCAGAGUGGAUGGGUGUGAUCCACGGCUAUGAGAUCGAGUUUGUCUUUGGCCUACCACUGGAGAAGGGACUGAACUACACCUUAGAUGAGGAGAAACUGAGCCGACGCAUGAUGAGAUACUGGGCCAACUUUGCGCGGACUGGAAAUCCAAAUACGAACCAUGAGGUUGUGACUGAAAACAAGAGGCGCUGGCCUCUGUUCACUGUCAGCGAGCAGAAACAUGUUGGACUCAACACUGAACCACUGAAGAUCUACAGGGGUCUCAGGAACCAGAUGUGUGCUUUCUGGAACCGCUUCCUGCCACGACUCCUCAACAUUACUGACAACAUAGAUGAGGCAGAGCGUCAGUGGAAGGUGGAGUUCCACCGCUGGUCCUCCUACAUGAUGCACUGGAAGAGCCAGUUUGACCAUUACAGCAAGCAGGAGCGCUGCACUGACCUCUGAGAGCCUCAGCUGAGAGAUGAGAGAAUGGCGGGGAGGGGGGAGGCAGAAAGAACAAGCUAUGGCCAUUUCCCUCUAUAGCCCCUUGAUGAAUUCUGACUUCAUUUCAAACCUUUUUUUUGUUUUGUUUUGUUUUGUUUUUCUAUACACACACAAACACAAGCACUGAUGAUCAUUAUUUAUAUAUAUUUAUACUAUUUAUUUAUGUGUUUUUGUUCUUUCUGACGUGUGUGUCUCUGUGGAAAUUAAGGGCUAUAGAGGGAACUUGUCAUCAAUAUGGAGGAAUAUUAGAAAUGUCAAAGACGUGUCAUUACCUCGUAUGUGUGUGUGUGUGUGUGUGUGUGUGUGUGUGUGUGCGUGUGCGUCCCGCAGUUGAACUCAGAUCUCAACAGGCCCAUGACACUGCUGGUUUACCGCUGACUCACUUGUCUUUGUGUUAAUCUCAUACCGUCAAAUUUUUUGUUCUCUGAGGAUUCCUUCUUUUCAUAUCAGGGUUUUGUUUUGUUUGUUUGUUAUUUUGACUCAACAGUACUGUUUAAUUGUGUCUCACGUUCCUGUUGAAGCCUUUUAGUCGUGUUCUUAUUCAUUAACUACUAUUAUGACCACUAUUCCUGUUACUUAUCAUAAUCUGCCUCACUUUGUCUUGUUUAUUUCUCAUGUGGUAAAGCCAUAAACCGGGUUUUUGUGUGGUGAAAAAAAGACUCCCUCAGCUUUUCUUCUGUAUUGGAAAACCACUUAAUGCUAGCUUGAUGUUACAUGUAGGUUUGGCAUGAUUGCUGAUAAAAAUUAGAUCCUUUCAUUUCUACUGUAGAUGGUAUGUGACGUUCACACCCACUCAUUUUUAUUAUGUUUCAGAAGUUCAUGUUAAAUCAGCUUGACAGUUAAAUAGAAACAGAAACAAUGUGUAUGUUUAUGGCACUCCUCAGGUGUGCCUCUGUCUGCAGUUUGUAUCUGUCACAUGCUUUUCCAUUUCAGCCCAGAUAGAGAGAACAGCAUGCAGGCGGUGAGCAGAGGAAGAAGUGUAAAUGUAAAAACAUCAAUGUCAUAAAAUAUCUCUGCCAACUUCUGAUUGAAGGGAUAUGUUGAAUUCUAUCAACUUUCUCUUCAUUUUUCAUGACAACAUAAUCAAAGUAACCCUUUAAAUAUAUCAUGUCUACAUGUCUGUGCAGGUUUGUGUGUCUGCGUGUGUGUGUCUUUCACUCCGAAACCUUUACUGAGAUGUAAGAAUCAAGGACUCAUGACCUCAGUCCUGGCUCUGUGUGGGAGCCAUUAGUCUACUGAACAACUGCACUUAAUGAUGUGUGUGUGUGCUUCCACUCAGUGUCGUGUACAGCUGUAAUGUAUUUCAUUAACGUGUGUGUGUGUGUGUGUGUGUGUGUGUGUAUGCUCUGUCUGUCCUGUCAGUGAUAUUUUUCCUCUUUGUUUCCUACCAUCUCCCAUCUUCCAUCUCCUCUGUCCUUGUCCUCCUGCAUCUGUUCCACUCCCUCCAUCUCCUCCCUGUUGCCCUGCUUUCCGCCUCUCCGUCUUCCUCCUCUUUAAUCUUCCUCUAUACUCUGGCUGUCAUCUUCAUCUCUAAUCAACCUCCACCCACCCUCCUGUCUUUCCUACUCUCUUCCUUUCAUCCUUUGCUCCCUCCUCUCCUUUCCUCCUCUCACUUUUGUGUCAGACCACUCCUUUAUCUGCCCCUUACCCAUCUCCUUCCACCUCAUCUAACUUUUCUGCCCUUCAUCAUCUUCCUCGUCUCCUUCUCUGAUUCAUCUCUCAGUUGCAUUACUCCCCCCCCAUCACUUCCCCUCACCCUCCUGCUCUCUGUCCCUACCCCCUCUCCCAUCUCUCUCCGUCCUCCUGCAUUCUCGUUAGUCUAAUGGAGGCAGAGUAAUUCACUCAGCAGCAGGGUAAUGUGACAGAGCGCUGGCUCAGCCUCUGGCCUGCCAGCCAACAGGACACGAUGGAUGGAUGGAUGGAAGGAAAA